UUUGAAGUCAAAUCCUGACAGCCGCUUCUCUCUUGUUUCUUUUGGUUCCCUCCCUCUCUCUCCGGUGGUCAUCCCGUCUCGUUGAAGAGGCACAGCCGCGGAUUAGUGAUCUAAACGGGGCUGAGUCGGGACCGUGGGAGCGCGUCUGAUCGCUGCCUUCAACUUGGGGCUGAAGAGACACAGGAAACUCCUCGGGAUUCUCCGUACACCGAGCUCUCAUCCACAUCUUCUGUGUUGCGCGCUGAAGUGCUUCUUAAGGAGAAUUCUUUGGAGAUUUCUUGUUCUUUCAUUCCUCAAGGAUGAAGCAGCACAGUGGACGUGUGCACUGAGACAGCUCCCACUUCUCAACUUCAUGAACCAGGAUGAACCAUGAGCAAAGGUUGUGAGGGCCUGUUUCUAUCGUCCUGUUGUACAGUGAGGCAGUGAGCUCACGGUGGAUACAGCAUGCAUGUGUCGACAUAUCCCAUGAUGCACUCUGCCAGUCCAGGCCUGCUCCUCCUUAGCUUCCUCUUCCUCGCUGAUGCUGACUCACCUCCCAGAUUCACGCGAACCCCAGAAGACCAAACAGGAGUCCAGGGGGGAGUGGCUUCCUUUGUGUGCCAGGCCACAGGGGAUCCGCAGCCCAAGAUUGUCUGGAACAAAAAAGGCAAAAAAGUCAGCAACCAGAGAUUUGAGGUAAUAGAGUUUGACGAUGGGUCCGGCUCUGUCCUGAGGAUCCAGCCACUGAGGACCCCCAGAGAUGAGGCUAUUUACGAAUGUCACGCCUCCAACUCCGCAGGAGAACUCAUUGCUUCCACCAAACUGAGUGUGCUACGAGAGGACCAGCUGCCCUCGGGGUUCCCCACCAUAGACAUGGGUCCCCAGCUGAAAGUGGUGGAGCGUUCUCGGACGGCCACCAUGCUCUGUGCCGCUAGCGGUAAUCCUGACCCAGAAAUUACCUGGUUCAAGGAUUUCCUGCCAGUCAACACGUCCAAUAACAAUGGACGAAUCAAACAGCUCCGCUCAGAGUCCUUUGGUGGCACGCCCAUACGAGGUGCCCUCCAGAUAGAGAUGAGCGAGGAGUCAGACCAGGGGAAGUAUGAGUGUGUUGCCACCAACAGCGACGGGACACGCUAUUCCACCCCAGCUAACCUCUAUGUCAGAGAGCUGCGAGAAGUGCGUCGCGUCCCCCCUCGCUUCUCAAUCCUGCCGGCAGACAGCGAGAUCAUGCCAGGGGGGAACAUCAACAUCACCUGCGUGGCAGUGGGCUCCCCCAUGCCCUACGUGAAGUGGAUGCUGGGAGCCGAAGACCUGACUCCCGAGGACGACAUGCCCAUCGGCCGCAACGUUCUGGAGCUGACGGACAUACGCCAGUCCAACAAUUACACGUGUGUCGCCAUGUCGACGCUUGGCGUGAUUGAGGUGGUGGCGCAGAUUACUGUGAAAGCUCUGCCGAGGGCUCCUGGAAGCCCUGUGGUGACGGAGAGAACUGCAACCAGCAUCACACUCACCUGGGAUUCUGGCAAUGCUGAGCCCGUCUCCUACUACAUCAUACAGCACCGUGCCAAAGGCUCUGAGGAUCCCUACAAAGAGAUCGAUGGCAUUGCCACGACACGCUACAGCGUGGGCGGCCUCAGCCCUUACUCCCACUAUGACUUUCGCGUGGCAGCCGUUAACACCAUUGGCCAAGGCCCCGCCAGCGACGUGGUGGAGGCUCGCACGGCCGAGCAGGCCCCCUCCUCGCCCCCCCGACAGGUCCGCGGUCGUAUGCUGAGCACAACCACAGCAAUCAUCCACUGGGACGAACCAGAGGAACCUAACGGACAGGUGGUCGGAUACCGAGUGUACUACACCUCAGACAACACGCUGUCAGUCAACCAGUGGGAGAAACAGAUGGUGCGCAGCGCCAACUUCAUCACCAUCCAGGGUUUGACCCCCAACAAGACGUAUUACAUCAGAGUGCUGGCCUUCACCUCUGUAGGAGACGGACCCCUUUCCCAGGAUCUGCAGAUUAUAGCCAAGACUGGAGUUCCAUCCCAACCUUCAGAAUUUAAGGGUGAGGCCAAGUCUGAGACCAGUAUCCUGUUGUCCUGGGUGGCCCCGCCCCAAGGUGGCCCUGACAACCAGAUCACAGGGUAUGAACUGGUCUACAGACGAGCCGACGACUCAGAGGAGAAGAAAAUGAGCUUUGAGCCGACCACCUCCCACCUGCUGAAGAACCUGAAGCCGUUCUCCACCUACACCUUCCAGCUGGCCGCCAAAAGCAAGCACGGGAUCGGGGCGUAUACCAACGAAGUGUCCAUGGACACGCCGCAGACGCUUCCAUCGGCACCUCCCCAGGACAUCACGUGCACCACUCCCAGUUCUACCAGCAUCCUGGUAAGUUGGGCUCCGCCUCCCCUGGAGUUUCAGAACGGCAUAAUUACCGGAUACUCCAUCCAGUACUCGACCACGGAGGGCAACAAAACGUCCAAAAGGGUUGACGGUAUCCCUCCGGAAAGUUCCCCCUGUCUCCUGGAAAACCUGGAGAAAUGGACUGAGUACGGCAUAACGAUACGAGCGCAGACGGAAGCCGGGGACGGACCGGAAAGUUUACAGCUGCUUAUCCGCACCGAGGAGGAUGUUCCAAGUGGUCCUCCACGAGGGGUUGAGACAGAGACUGUGAACGCCUCGGCCAUUAGGGUGAGAUGGCGAGCACCGGCACCCGAGCGGCAGCACGGUCAGAUCAGAGGCUACCAAGUCCACUUUGUGAGGAUGAACUACGGCGAGCCUCAGGGACAGCCCUUCAUCAAGGACAUCCUCAUGGAGGACUCGCAGUGGGAAUACGAUGACUCAACUGAAUAUAACGUCGUUCUUGGAGACCUGCAGGCAGACACUGGCUACUCAGUAUCAGUGGGGGCUUACACUGCCAAAGGCGAUGGUGCUCGCAGCAAACCUGUUACCGUCUGCACUGCCAUGCCACUGCCUGAGAAGCCCAAACUGUUGGUGAGUGCCACUAAUUCAGGUACUGCUCUCCUUCAGUGGCACCCUCCCCCAAACCCACCCACCCCGCUCCUCGGGUACCGCCUCACCUUUGGCCGCAUAGAUGUCCUCCCCUUCACGGUGGUGGAGUUUCCAACCAAGGAGAACCGCUACACAGCCCACGACAUCCACAAGGGAGCAAACUAUGUGUUCAAACUUUCUGUCCGAAACAAAAUGGGCUACGGGGAGGAGGCGGAAAAGGAGGUUACUACCCCAGAGGACGCCCCAAGUGGAUACCCAGAAAAUAUAAACUCUGAUGAGGCCUCUGCCACCUUUCUCAGACUGACAUGGAAAUCAGUCCCUCUUAUUGAGCAAAACGGGAAAAUCACGCAGUACUCGGUACUGUAUAAAGAUAUAAACAGUCGAGGGAACGCCUCUGAAGUUAUGGUGCCCGCUCCAGGGUCGAGUGUGUUGUUGGAGGCUCUGAGUGCCGAUACUGUGUAUGAUGUCAGGGCGUGCGCGUUCACAGCUGUCGGCCCUGGGCCGUACAGCCCUGGUGUCCAGUUUAGGACGCAGCGGCUGGACCAAGUUUUUGCAACCAACUUCAGAGUAAAAGCAGCCAUGAAGAACUCUGUCCUUCUCUCCUGGGAGAUCCGAGACAAGAACCCCACACAGCCCUUCACUAUCCUGUACGGAAAGGGCCAGUCCGUCGAAGUGGAUGGAAAACAGACUCAGAAGCUGAUCACUGGCCUGGAGCCCAACACUCAGUACUCCUUUCUGCUCACCAACCGGGCCAACAGCGCCGGGGGCCUGCAGCACCGCGUCACCGCCACCACAGCCCCUGACAUCCUCAAGACCAAGCCCACCGUGGUGGGGAAAACCAACGCAGACGGCAUGGUGACUGUGCAGCUGCCGACCGUGCAGACCACGGCUAAAGUCAGGGGUUACUACGUGGUGGUGUUGCCACUGAAGAAGCAGAGAGGGAAGUUCCUGAAUCCCUGGGAGGAGCCUGAUCAGAUGAACAUGGAUGAGCUCCUAAAGGAGAUCAACAGGACGAGUAUCAGUCACGCCCUUCGCAUCCGCAGACAGGCGGGCCAAUCAGAUCCCAGGGCCUAUGUCACUGCCCACUUUAAGACCCUCCCCCUGGAGUUCACACUGGGUGACGGACGAAACUAUGGUGACUUCCGCAACCGUCCACUGCAGAACGGACAGGAGUAUGUGUUCUUUGUGCUCGCACUGCUCGACCUCUCCGAGAAUACCAUGUUUGCCACUAGCCCUUAUUCUGACCCCGUCACCUCACUGGAUGUGGACCCAAAGCCAAUAGUUGAUGAAGAGGAGGGGCUGCUGUGGGUGGUGGGUCCUGUGCUGGCUGUCAUCUUCAUCGUCUGCAUUGUCAUCGCCAUUCUCCUGUUCAAGAGCCAACCUGACAGGAAACGAGCUGAGGCUGAAGGCAGGAAGGGCAGUUUCCCCUGCAGCAAAGCCAUGUCGUCUCACCACCCCACUGAUCCUGUGGAGCUCCGCAGGAUCAACUUCCAGACUCCAGCCUACCGCGUAUCAGUGUACCGCGGCUAUCGCCGUUUGUCAAGCAUGGCAAGUCACCCGCCCAUCCCCAUCUCGGAGAUGGCAGAUCACAUUGAGCGCCUCAAGGCAAACGACAAUCUCAAGUUCUCUCAAGAGUACGAGUCCGUCGACCCUGGUCAGCAGUUCACAUGGGAGAACUCCAACUUGGAGGUCAACAAACCAAAGAACCGCUACGCUAACGUCAUCGCCUAUGACCACUCCAGGGUUGUACUCUCCAGCAUAGAUGGUGUCCCGGGCAGUGACUACAUCAACGCUAACUAUAUCGAUGGCUACCGCCGUCAGAACGCCUAUGUCGCAACUCAGGGCUCCCUCCCUGAGACCUUUGGGGACUUCUGGAGAAUGAUCUGGGAGCAGCACACAGCCAACAUUAUCAUGAUGACCAAGCUGGAGGAGAAGUCACGGAUGCCCUCUUAUUUCUUCUCUAAGGUGAAGUGCGAUCAGUACUGGCCAACCCGGGGCACAGAGACCUACGGCCUCAUUCAGGUCACUCUGCUGGACACAGUGGAGCUGGCUACCUACUCUGUCAGGACCUUCGCUCUUUACAAGAGCGGCUCCAAUGAGAAGCGUGAGGUUCGUCACUUCCAGUUCACAGCCUGGCCGGACCACGGGGUGCCCGAACACCCCACACCCUUCCUGGCCUUCCUUCGGAGGGUUAAGGCCUGCAACCCUCCAGAUGCAGGACCCAUGAUCGUCCAUUGCAGCGCUGGAGUGGGUCGCACAGGCUGCUUCAUCGUGAUCGACGCCAUGGCGGAGCGUAUCAAGCACGAGAAGGCCAUCGACAUCUAUGGUCACGUCACGCUGAUGCGCUCCCAGAGGAACUACAUGGUCCAAACGGAGGAUCAGUACAUCUUCAUCCACGAUGCACUGCUGGAGGCCGUGACCUGCGGGAACACCGAGGUCCCCGCCAGGAACCUGUUCUCCUACAUCCAGAGGCUGACACAGAUUGAACCGGGAGAGAAUGUCACCGGCAUGGAGCUGGAGUUCAAGCGUCUGGCCAGUGCCAAGGCCCACACAUCACGGUUCGUGAGUGCCAACCUGCCAUGCAACAAGUUCAAGAACCGGCUGGUGAACAUCAUGCCCUAUGAGACCACGCGUGUGUGUCUGCAGCCAAUCAGAGGAGUGGAGGGGUCCGACUACAUCAACGCCAGCUUCAUCGAUGGAUACAGGCAGCAGAGGGCCUAUAUAGCCACCCAAGGGCCCCUGGCUGAGACCACAGAGGACUACUGGAGGAUGCUGUGGGAACACAACUCCACCAUUGUUGUAAUGUUAACCAAACUGAGAGAAAUGGGACGGGAGAAGUGUCACCAGUACUGGCCCGCUGAGCGCUCGGCCAGGUACCAGUACUUUGUGGUGGAUCCCAUGGCUGAGUACAACAUGCCCCAGUACAUCCUCCGAGAGUUCAAAGUGACCGAUGCCAGGGAUGGCCAAUCACGGACGGUUCGUCAGUUCCAGUUCACUGAUUGGCCAGAGCAAGGAGUGCCAAAGUCAGGGGAGGGAUUCAUUGAUUUUAUUGGCCAGGUGCAUAAAACGAAAGAGCAGUUCGGCCAGGACGGGCCAAUUACGGUGCACUGCAGCGCUGGAGUAGGAAGGACUGGUGUGUUCAUCACCCUCAGCAUCGUGCUGGAGAGGAUGAGGUACGAGGGCGUGGUGGACAUUUUCCAGACGGUCAAGAUGCUGCGCACCCAGAGACCAGCCACCGUUCAGACAGAGGACCAGUACCAGUUCUGUUACCGGGCCAGUCUGGAGUACCUGGGAAGCUUCGAUCACUAUGCAACAUAAACCCAGUGGCUCUCUCUCUCAUGCCACAUCCCACCUAGUGCACUUUUCUUAGGUCACGCGCAGCCUGAAUUAAUGCAUUAGGCUGCGAUGUUUCUUUGAAGAUUUCGCCACCACAUGCAGAGUGAAGGGGGACCAUCGGCUUAUCCCGUACCCAGAAACAGCACCUCUAACUGAGCCAUAGCAACCCGCUUGACAAGGGUGUUUCCUUCCACCCUCAGCCCAAACACGCCGAUCGGUCAGUCUGAAGACGCAACUUCAACCACUGUUCCAAUCAGAAUACUUGAUCAGAUCUAGAUUUUUUGAAUUCAUUUCUGUGCUGUUGUGAGCACCCAGAUCGCUUUACAUUGUCCGGGUGUGGAACUCUGCACCUCGUCCACCACCAGUGUAGCAUCACCAACUUGAAAACAGGACCCAGCUACGGUAUUUAGCUGUCACAGCAAAUGUUUUUGAUUUUUCUAUCGUGGGGACUGUCGUGAAGGAGACUGCAGAUCCAUUUAAUGGACGCCUCGUGGACUGAAAGAACUGGGACUUUUGAGCACCAGAGAAUUGCCAACAGGAAACUGGAAACACAGAGCACACAGUAUUAAAAAGACCAAGGACACACAUCCAAAAAAAAAAGACACAAAGAAGUGUUUUUUUUUUUUUCUGUUUUAUUUUGGAAACAGACUCAUUUCCUGUGAAUGAACAAGAUGUUUCUAUCAUAUAGUAAUGAAAAAAACACCAGUUCAACCUUACGCGUCACGGUUUAAGAUAUGGGGAAAUUUGAGAGAAGUUUAAAAUGCAUCAUACCACAAAGUAAAACAUUCAUUUAGUUUUUUAGAAAAAAUAUGAAUAUGUGAUUAUCUUGUUUUCAAAAAAAAAAAAAAACUGGGUAUUCCUUAUGGCACGUUCUGUUUUUUUGUUUUUACGGAUGUAUAACUUUGUCCCCACUGGCCAUACAAAGGCAAAGUUUUGUGUGAUCCAAUGAGCUGAAGCGUCUUGUUUUCUUUUUAAACGUGAUACAAACUGUUUUUCAAAGUGUACAAUCAAAUCUCGUGUGGAAAAUGUUCACAGUACCACGACUAAACACCACCACUGAGUGUCACUCUCCUGUAUUCUCCACCCACGCUCUCUUUGUUAAAAGACACGUAUGUUCACACGCACACGCGGGACUCUCAGCCUCGUCUCUACGGGCUCCACGACGUCAGACACCCGAGAAUGGCCGACCAUUUCCCCUUUUUUGUUUGUUUGUUUCGAACUCCCAGGGGCGGCCCGCAGAGAUCCAGUAUUAACCCUGCUGCUACCAAGUCCUGACGAACGACCACCGCCACGUUGUUCCGCGUGCACGCCAAGAGAAAGCCCGAUAGAACACACGUGUGGAGAGUAUGCACAGAACGCAAAAUAUAUAUAUAAAAAAAAAUAUUUAUGUGUCCAAAUAAGCUUCACAAAGAUUUUUUCAAACAGGGCGUGAGGAAAGGAUGUAGAAGAGGGUGGGACGUGGGGAGGGGGUCAUCGAAAAAAAAUAACUUUUCUCACCGGAAUGCUCACGUAUGACUUUUCUCUGUCUGAUUCAGUGUGCAAUAAGUAGAUGUAUUAUAUAUAUAUAUUUUUGUGUGGAGUCACUAACAGCAAGUUAUAUAUGCCAUCACGAUGAUGGUGCAACAUUUUUCCAGACACGCAGAUGUUAGGCUCCAUGAGGCUCCCACCACCAUUUUUACGCGUCCGCCCCAGGAAAACGACCUCUGACCUCUCGAGGAAGUAGAUCUCGCGUCCCACGCCACAACUCCAGUAGACGACGUCAUCCUUCUGUGUGUCAAGGCAACCAAUGAAUGAUCAAACUCUUACUUCAAACAGCAUCUAAUACGUAUUUUUGAUUUUAGAUUUCUAGUGCCUUAUAUUACACGCCUAUUUUGAUAAAGUUUCUUUCAAGGUUGUUUUUUUUUUGGUGUAUUUUAUGUGCGUAUGCUUGUGAACUGAAUGUCUGUGUUAUGAUUUGGUUACGUUAACGGUAUGUGAAAAGUAUCUUGUGCUGGGUUGUUUUGGGCUGUGAAACUUUGUACGGGGAGGCUCCGUGUCGGCUGGAUCAAUAACUCUGAACCCAGCAACUGCAUCAUCGUAUCAAGAAAUAAAUCUUGAAUCAAAAUCAACUAUGGGCAAAAAAUAUAUAUAAUUUCAAAAUAGGUUGGAUGGAUCAUUUUGGACGGAUAAUAAAGUUGACAGCUUUCCAUCUUCUCCACCUGGGACUCUUGUGUAAAUAUCUUUCAUGGAGAACGUCUGCCAUGAAACUUUGGUGCCGAGCGUGAGCGGGCACUGACUCAGCUAACAUAGAAAUCGAAAUAAAGCCAAAACAGCCGUGGCUUUUUUUUUUAAAUGUCAAAUUGAAGUUAACGGCAAAAAAAUGUAACCCGAGCCGACACGCUUUCACCUGGAAUCAGUCCAAACGUCUCGUCUGUGUUCUGUUCUUACGAUGUCUUCAGUUAAAUAUAUUUAUUUUCCAUUUUUAACGACAAGAGGCUGAGAGACAUUCAGGUACUACAUCUCCAACAACAUCUACAUCACCAUUUAUUUGACCUUGUUUUUUUUGUAUCUCCAUUAAUGCUUAACAGUAUAAGGGAUCGUCAACGGUUUUCCACCCACUUUCAGUAAACCCUGUCGUCGUUUUUUUUCUGUAUGCAUGGUACCACUUUUGAGAUGCCCCCUUUGGUCGCACCUGUUACGGGAAGACUUGCACUUUCUCUCUUUGUACUAUGCACUAAUACUCGUAAUCCUAUUAUCUCUAAUAGCCCCCCCCUCCCCCCAAUCCACACCAAAAGGAGUUUUACUUGAACUCAAGUCAAGACGGACCCUGUAAUGCUCACAUGGUUGUGUAUAUGUAAAUAACACAGAACACAGAGAGUAAUUAAGAUUGUUAAAUAUAUGCAUUAAUAGAUAUUAAAUAAAUAAAUGAUUAUGAGAGUGAAUUCAAUAUUAUCAGAUAUAAUAGAGAGUGAUAUAAUAAAAGGAUGCACCUGAAGUCACAGUUUUAUGGCACAGCAGUGUGGCAAUACAUCAUGUCGUGGAUUUAUUGACAAGUCUCACACAAAGUGUUCUAUUUUACCCCCAAUGUAUCAUGUAGAUGGAUAAAACUGGAGUUUAUAAAUUGUAUAAAAAUGAAAAUAUGGUGUGUUACUUGGAUCAGUUUCCUCCAAAUUGGUCUGUAAAUGUAAACUUUUUUUGUUUUUUGUUUCGUUUUCUUGCUCCGAGUCAACAAGUGCUUUUUAUUUUCUUACAUUGGUUCUCGGAGCGCGUGAAAACCGGAAAACAGGUCUGUAUGGAUUUCUGUUCUUUGUCGACACAAGUUUCAUUUGUUACAAAUAAACUCAAGUGAAAUAAUC